UCUUUCUGCGUCCGUCUUGAGUCUUUUUCAAAAUGCAACUUUAACAAGAGUCGAAUGCCACGCCGGAUUUCCUGAUUAGGAAAGAUGUCGCAUAGCUUUCGACCUGUCCAGUAUCCUCCACAAGAUCAACCGCACGAACUAUCGCGAAUUUCUUUUCGAUCCCUACGAAACGGCUUUGGUUCUAGUUCUAUUCGAUCCAAAUCCCCGCAAAGCAUUGUAGGAGAGAGUUCAUGGAAGGGAUACGGUUCACCUGCACCACCGAGCAUUCAAGUCGAACAUCAUGAUUCCUCUUCACAAACAACUGCGGUAAAUACUGAAACUGGCAACACUCCCCCCAGCGAGCCCAACGAUUUGCCAAUAGCCAGUCCACCGAAUUCACGGAUUGAUUCGGACCCAGCUACUGGCGGCUCUGGCCCCACCCCAACUAACUCCGAUGACUGGGACGAAAGGAAUGCUAUCGUCCCGAGAAGCAAUCUCACAGUGAUAGAUGUUGCAGCACUUAUUUUAAAUAAAAUGGUCGGCACUGGAAUAUUCACAACACCGGGAACGGUGCUAGCGUUCACUAGAUCCAAAGGAAUCAGCGUUGGGCUGUGGGCCGUCGGUGGUCUCUGGUCCUCUCUAUUCUUACUAGUCUACCUCGAGUUUGGAAAUGCGCUACCUUUCAAUGGAGGCGAACUUAUAUAUCUUGAUGAGAUCUACCGAACGCCCGAGUUACUCUUCACUAUCCUCUUCUCCGGCUACUUCCUCGUACUCGGAAACUCCUACGGAAACGCUGUUCAAUUUGCCAAGCAUGUCCUCCUAGCCGCCAACCCAAAUGUUGAGAAGAGCGCAGAACUCGAUGCACGACUCGUUCGACUCAUCGCUAUCCUCUGUGUCAGCCUCGUUUGCCUUAUACACUACUCCUCGAGCAAAGCUGGACUUUUCCUGAACAAGGCCUUGGCUUGGUACAAAGUCAUUUUGCUUUUUGUUGUAUUUGUGGCAGGGAUGGCUUAUAGCCAUAAGCAUGGGUCACAAUUGCACGAUAAGACCGCUCCCGCGAGAGGAAGCUCACUAGAUGCGAUGAGUGCUAUGAUUUCGGUUUUUUACACAUACCAAGGUUGGGAAAAUGCCAACUACGUUGCAGGAGAGAUUCGUGCAUUGGAAGGCCGAACACCAACACGAAGACUCAAGAUCGGCGCAUUCCUAGCAGUGGGCGUGGUUUGGAUCCUGUAUAUUUUGGUGUCGUUGGCCUAUUACAAGGUUCUUGACUACAAAACCAUAACGGGUGGUCAGUCAGAUCUAGGGGCGGCGCUGUACUUCGCGCCAAAGGUUUUUGGUAGUUCAUUCGGCAUGAAGAUCUGCCUAGCCAUCUCGGCUUUCGGAAACGUGGUAGCAAUUACAUACACCGCAUCAAAAGUAAAGCAAACUAUCGCAUUACAACGAAUUCUGCCCUUCUGGAGAUUUUUCCAGAAGGACCUCCCUCAAAAAGGUAACGAGACACCAUUUGGGGGCUUGGUCUUGCAUUGGAUAUCUUCCGUAGUCUUCAUUGCUAUUUGCCCCGUCAGCGCGGAUGGAUAUUCAUUCACCAUUGGACUCUUCACCUACGGUCACAUAUUCUGGAGUAUGCUGGUGGCCAUAGGACUUUGGUUCCUAAAAUCCCGAAUGGAGGAACAAUUUAACGAAUACCGCUUCACAAUCUUCCAAAGGAAGUGGACCGUAUACACCGUCCCCAUUAUCUUCGCAUUAGGAACCCUCCUAGUACUGAUCUUCAGCGCGAAACCGAUUCUCCCAGGCAAGAUUCCACGAUACUGGUGGCCGGCGACCUUUUUCCUUAUCCUCCUGGGUAGUUUUCUGUAUUGGAGCGUCAUCCGCAUCGUACAGAUUGAGGUUACCUACAAGGGUAAAAUUCAAACUAUUGGUCAAAUCAUUGGCUUCGAGAUCAUUGUAUAUGACAAGGACACAAUUAAUGUUCCGAAGAACGUGAAAGACUCGGUUGCUGAGGCACUUGCUGCAAAGAUCGAUGGGUCUGGAAGGAGAGUUGAAUGCAGGACCUCUGGUAGGGUCGAAAAAUUAGAAAAGGGACUGGUAAAUGUAAAAGAGCGGCUAGUGAAGUGGCUGUUAUAGAACCCUCCACUGAGGACCGAGUUGCUUUGUCGAUA